ACCGGGCCGGGCCGGGCGCCGCUGGGCUGGCAGUCUCAGUCGCAUGGGCACGGCGGCCGGGCUCAGCUCUUGCACCGAGCCGCGAGCAGACAGCGAGCGCGCCGAGCCGAGCGCCAGCCGCGCAGCCGCGCCAGCGGAGCUCCGUGAGCGCGGGGUCGCCACCUAGCGCCGCGACAUGACGGCGCCCUCGCCCGCCGGUCCGGGAUAGAUAGCCCCGCCCGGGAGCACGCCGACGUCGUCCAGGCGGCCAUCAAACGCUGCUGCUCCACCUCCCACAGUGUUGUUGUUGUUGAUGUUGUUGUUGUUGCCGGCUACGAGGAUUUAACGCCGGUGACGAAACAGGGCAAGCAAAGUGUGUGUCAAGUGUGUUGACAGCCAGUGCAAAGUGUCGCCACCAAAAUAAUUUAUGAUAAUCUAAGAGCAAGUGGGUAGUGUUAACCAAAUGUGAUAAGAAAUAGUCAAAUCUUCAUUUAAAGUCCAUAGGAAUUAAGUGACGACUGGAAAGCUGAAAGUGAUAUUAAGUGAGUGAUCGUUGAGUGAUGUUGCUGUGAUUCCCUCCCGCCCACGCCAUGUUGUCCUACAUGAUUCCCCCGUCCGAGGACGCGGCCGGCAAGUCUGGCAACGGCGGCCCCCACGCCCAGCAGGUGGCCCCCGCGGCCAUGUCGCCCGCCCCCGGCGCCGGCCCCGGCCGGCAGCAGCCCCUGGUCCACAAGGCCCGGGGCCGCGUGCAGCAGCGCCCGGGGGUGGAGCCGCCCCCGCCGCCCCCGCCGCCCCCGUCCACCAACGGCCACCACGCCAAGAACGGCGGGACGGAGCCGCCCGUCAACGGCCAGCACCACAGCGCCGCCACCACCAUCGUGGUGAACGACGGCGGCCAGACCACCACGACGACCACCUUCAGCAGCACGAGCAACAUCAACGGCACCGUCCACACCACCAAGAAGAUCAUCAAGACGUACCGGGAGCAGCCCGCCAUGUCGCCCGCCUCCUACGGCGGCAUGUCCACCGAGAGCUCGGCCAGCAGCCUCAGCACCGCCGCCUCCGAGCAGGGCGACAAGCCCAAGCCCAAGCUGCUCGCCAACGGCACCAAGAACCCGGGACUGAAAAGGGUAUCGUUCGGCAGCUCCAAGGGCUCCAUGGUGGAGACGCUCAUCUACGAGAGCCCGCUGCAGGAGGAGCCGGAGUUGGUGACGCCCACCGGGCCUGUCAUCGACCCCGCCAUCAUCGAGAACGACCCGUCCGGUGCUGCUGGGGCUGACCGCGUGCGCGUGUCGUUCUUCGAGUGCUCCAAGCCGCAGGUGGUGGAAGGGGGUGACGCCUUGACGCCCGAGGACCUGGAUGCGCCCGACGGGAUGGCGGCCGACUCCAACUCGCACGGAUACGUGCGGCAAAACAGCACCGACAGCGGCUGGGACAACCCGUUCCGGCCGGACGGCGAUCUGAGCCGGGAGGCGGACGAGAUCGUGGAGCUCAUCAAGGGCGGCAAGCCCAUCACCCCCACGCCGCUGGGGCCCGCGCCGCCGGGCAGCCCCGCGCGCGAGGCGGCCCUGCAGGCCCAGCACUCGUCGCCCGUGACGAGCACGCCGCACAAGAACGGCGCCAACGGCAGCGCCAACAAGGACGCCGCCAAGCCCUCUUCGCCCGGCAACGUGGACGUGACCAGAGGGACGGUGUCGGGGGGCGAGUCCGCGCAGGUGGAGCACGUCACCCUCAAGAAGAAGCCCAAGUGCAAGUGCUGCAUCGUCCAGUAGCCGAGCACGCCGAACCAGCCAGCCGCCGCCCCGCUUCGCCACCAAAUCGAACCCUAUUUUUGCUACGCGAAUACGAGAAGUUUAUUUGUGCUGUCGGUAGACGCGUGAGUGAGUGUGCGUGCGUGUGUGAGUGUGUGCGUGCGUGCGUGUGAAACGGUGGUGAGGCGCGGACCACUUUUGUUUUAAGACUGCGUCGUCGGCGGCCUCUUGAGAAGGGGCGAAAGGGCACAAACGCCGUCACGCCCGAAAUGAUAAAAAGUUAGGAUAAAAGCCCCAAAUGUUUCUUUUUUGUUUUUUACAAAAAACAAAAGAGAAAGAAUGGGCCGGGUGAUUUUGUGACGGCAUAUGUGACGAGGUGUGAGUGUGAGCGACGACGCGACGGCACGGCGACGGACCGGCCAGGACCGGCCAGGCCGCUUGUCAACGGAGGCCCCACCCUGUGAUAACGUGAUACACCCCUUUACUGCUUUGUUUUUAACUUAUUUAUUGUAAUUAUUAUAAUUAUUAUUUUCUUCAUACGAGGCGUAGUUGUAAUAUAAAAUACACGUUUUGUACGCAAUAAUAAUUUGUUUUUGGUCAGUGCUUGCCGGACAGGCUUGUUGACUGUGAUUGCCGACCCUACGGGAACCUCGCAAAGGGUUGCCCUCGAGCGUAGGGUAGCGUGGCGCCGAGGCGGGUAUGUUAGGCGUGGCCGUUGACAGGGGGUUGAACGUGGGCCUUGUCGGCAAAGCGAUUUGGAAAGAGAGAGUGCGAGAAAAAAAUGUGAGCACAUGUGUGUGUGUGUGUGCGUGUGAAAGAGAGACAGAGAGGAACAGCGGGUACGUGAAGUGUAUUUACGGAAUGAAGUUAUUUUUACACAAUAUUCGACUUAAGUUUUAAAAUUUUGACGAGUGCAGAUGUUUUACGUUGUUCCGCGGCGUGUCUCUCAGUACGUGAGCUAGAGAAACAGAGAAUGUGAGGUGAGUCUUUUUUUUACAAAUGUGGGAGCCCCCUAAGCUAGACAAUGUCUUUGUUAGACGCCGUUACCUCGUGUACUUCCUAUUCUGCUGUAGACUGACUCAUUUUUGUUUUUAUCAUUAUGUACCAAUCUCUUCAUGCUAAUCUUCCACCUUCGGAAAUGCCUAAAUGUCCGCCUUAGGCGAUGUGAACCUCGAUAGGGUGUAAAUUUGAUAGGUCUUGUCUUGUUUUGGUGUUUUGUCUUAUCAAAACACCGCUUUGUUAUAUAUGCCGAUAUUUUAGGACCAGUUUUCGAGACAAAGCCAUACUUAAUCUCUUAAAUUUUUAUACCUAUCCCUACCCUCACGCAAAAUUGCGUCUCAAAAUCGAACACGCUUUUGCUUGGUUGUUUAACCUGCUUCAUGUCGUUGCAGGAAUGCCAAGUUCAAUUGUCCACAUGAGCCAAAACGUAUUAUAAUACUGUUAAAAUUUUCUUGUUUAAAAAUGUCUUCAUAAAAUUCAAACUUGAUAGCCUGGUUCUUGUUUGCCAUAAGGAGUGAAACGGUACAAUAGGUUGGCAGAAGCCUGCCUGCCUGCUUUUCCGCAGUUAUAAUUUAAGCAGUGUCAGUCGCUUUCUUUCAAACUGCUUCACAUUUUAAUCAAAUGUUGUAAUAGUUUUCUCCCAUCUUUCUCUCCAAAAGGGUUAAACUUUUGAGCUGAAGCAAAACCAGGCAUGUGUUAGUUCAACAUUAAACGAUUAGAAAAGCCCGCGUAUCUAAGCAUCGUGCCAGCAGGUCGUCAUACCCUGUUCCGUGUAAAUUAUGCCUUGCGUUCACUGAGCGUUUUCCUGUACUUGUACAAGUAAGGCUUUGGCUGCAGAGUCCCGUGUACAGAAUUCAAUUUUCGUAGCGCAACCCACUGUCAUGUGUUCUUAUGACUUUCAGUAUGUUGCAGUACAGCUUCCGCAUUUUAUUUUCUUUGGGGAAUCUGCGUCCAGGAGCGCGUACUCUUGCUGGCAUGUAGCUUAGAGAGAGAUACAGAGAGUAAGGUGUGGAUGAGGUGAACAGUGGAGAGUAAGAGAGAAAAGGGAGGGAGGGACACGUGUGACUAAAAAAGUGAAAGAAUAGAUUAUUUAUUUUUCAUACUGCGUUGUAUUGCUUACAAUCGAGGGGAAAAUGAAUUCCAAUCUCUUUAUUAAAUUACAACCCUAGUGCAAAAAUGAUAUUAUUACUAUUACUGUAUCAAUAAAUGAUAAAACGAAUCAUUGUACAGCAGCAUAUUGUACUUUUAGGUCUCUUUGUCCACAAUACAAUGGUGCAUUAAUUUUUCAAGUGUAAAUAGAAAUGGUGUACUUGUACAGCAAA